AUGAAACCGGCAAAAAGACAAUAUAUCCUCGAAAUCCCCAAGCUCAAAGCCAUUGUAUAUCCGUUUGCAGGGACAAUCACAUUCAUCCGCAUGCGUUCAAUUCCGUGUCUUAACCCUCCCUGCAGCACAGUCCUUGCAGUCAACCCCAACAAUGAACCAUAUCGCCUCACCAUUUCUCUCUUUGAAGACGUCUCUUCGCACCAGAAGUCAAAGCCCCAAAUCAGGCACCGACUCAAGUCCAAGCUCAACAACAACCUCACCACCCUCCUCCCCAACAUCCACCCACUCGUCUCACGCCUCUCCACACCAUCUCUUCAACCUAUCCUUCCCCCCUCCAAGCCCCACACAUUCCUACGGCAAUCCGACACUUUCGGACAAACCACCAGCAUUGGACAUCACUCCCGCCAUGUUUCCGACCACAACGUCGGCAUCAGUGUACCCCCCUGCGCUGUCCUACGCGGCCGCUCAUCGAUGGUCCUCCGCCAACGACCCUCUAAAACCGAUCUGGCGCUGAGCGAGGAGCGGUCGCGAUGCCAUGAGGAUUCUAUUGAAAGACAGGGGUUGGGGCUGAUGGAACCGCGGCCGGUGGAUUUAGGGGUGGGUGAGAUGACGCCUAAAUUUGUGAUGGGCGGGAUCUUCGAAGUUAUGGAGGGACGGGCUUAG